GUAAUUUGUCAGCUCUAUAACACGCUGCUUCCAUCUUCCUCUUUUCUUUUUCAACCGUGAGCGAUUCGUCCACGUUGAAUUGUCGGAACCAUGGUGAACGGCCGUAUACCCUCGGUCUUCUCGAAGACCUAUGUGACUCCCCGUCGCCCCUAUGAAAAGGCGCGUCUGGACCAGGAGUUGAAGAUCAUCGGCGAGUAUGGUCUGCGCAACAAGCGUGAGGUGUGGCGUGUCAAGUACGCUCUGGCCAAAAUCCGUAAGGCCGCCCGUGAGCUGCUGACCCUCGACGAGAAGGACGAGAAGCGUCUGUUCCAGGGUAACGCCCUGCUGCGCCGUCUGGUCCGUAUCGGUGUCCUGGACGAGUCCCGCAUGAAGCUCGAUUACGUGCUGGGUCUGAAGAUCGAGGACUUCUUGGAGCGUCGUCUGCAGACGCAGGUGUUCAAGCUGGGAUUGGCGAAGUCGAUCCAUCACGCCCGCGUGCUGAUUCGCCAGCGUCACAUUCGUGUGCGCAAGCAGGUGGUCAACAUCCCCUCGUUCGUGGUGCGCCUGGACUCCCAGAAGCACAUCGACUUCUCCCUGAAGUCGCCCUUCGGUGGCGGCCGUCCUGGACGCGUCAAGAGGAAGAACCUGAAGAAGAACCAAGGCGGUGGCGGUGGAGCUGCCGAAGAGGAGGAGGACUAAGCAGCUGUAUCCAGCUGCAGCCAGUUAAAUACAAGGCGCAGAGUUUUUUACGCAAAUAAAUGUAAAAUUAUCUGAAA